AUGUUUAGCCUUUCCCAACACGUAAAAGCCCCGACACGCAAAAACAACUAUCUCGAUCUGGUGUUUUCGUCUAACCCAGGACUUAUCCAGGCGUGUCAUGUUACCAACGGCUUGAGCGACCACGAGGGGGCUGUUCUAUUCGAGGUUGAUACUUCACCAAAGUAUACCCCAAAGGCGCCCCACAAAAUCUACCAGUACCAUAAAGCUGACUACGAUGGCCUGAGGUCCUACUUGUCUACCUUCGGAACCGAUUACAUGGCAUCAUUCCUGCUAAGAUUUGUCGAUGAGAAUUGGGCUGCACUUUUUGAAGGCUUGAAAGAUGCUCUGGACAAGUUCGUCCCACACAAGAUGUCGAAGGGGAAACGCCACCUUCCCUGGGUGAGCCCAGCCAUCAAGCGGCUUAUGCGUAAACGAGAUAGAGCUUACAAAAAAGCCAAACGCCUUUCGAAGGAAAAAAAUCUCCGCUCGUACAGACGUAUACGGAACUAUACAACCAAAUGCAUCAGAGACACGCAUAAUAUAUACUUGAGCGAGGUCCUGGUUGGGCUUGCGCCGGACCCUAGUACACCUAAUCCUGGCGGAGCAAAAAGGGCGUGGUCGUACCUUAAGCUGCUGCGCUCCGAGUCCUUGGGUAUCCCGACCCUCUUUCAAGGUGACCAGAUCAGCGCGUCAGAUUCAUCCAAAGCGGAGGCAUUGCGCGUCCAAUACGAGAGCGUCUUCACGCAAGAAGAUCUUACCAACAUUCCUGUUCUUGGUGACUCCCCCUACCAAGAGGUCGCUGACCUGACAUUUACAACUAAUGGCAUCCAUAAGCAGCUAAAGAACCUCCAGCCCAACAAGGCCUCAAGUCCCGACUCUGUGCCAGCACGUAUCCUGAUAGAAGCCGCUGGCGAACUUGCCCCGUUGCUAGCUCCACUAUUUCAACAGUCUUAUGACUCGGGCUCCCUACCUGCCGCCUGGAAGGACGCCAACGUUACAGCCAUCUUCAAGAAAGGCCACAGAGCGGACCCCAAGAAUUGUCGCCCAGUAUCUUUAACAUCUUUGAUCUCUAAAGUCAUGGAACACGUAGUCUGCAAGCAUGUUACAAACCAUCUUUGCGCGAAUCACAUAAUAACGCAUCUCCAACACGGAUUUCAGCAAGGUCUUUCAUGUGAGACUCAACUUACUUCAGUGAUCCACGACUGA